AUGUGGAAGCAAGAUAUUGGGCAGUGGGUUGAACGCAAGGGGCGGAAGGGUUGGACGAAGCAGCCACAGGUUUCGCCACCUCAACCUUGCACGUACACAUCAGGACCUCAGCGCUUACCGGUGCGUGUUGGUUUCGUUCCUGAAGGAUUUGAAGAGAAGGGCGAACACCCUGCGGUAUUUUCCACUGCCUCCGCGGCUUCACAUGCGGAUCAAGCAGCAGCCACACCGUCAUACGCUGGGCAACAAUGGGUUACUGUGUACGGUGUGUUACCUACAUCGAUUCUAGAUGUUCGUGAGAGUCUGGACGUGAUGUUUGGCCGCACACUGAUGCACAAACUCCCUACACGAGCGGCUGUACCCAGCGGUGGGCUGACUUCUACUUCGGUUGUUGGUCACAGCAGCCAGCAAAACUGGUUCUACGUCAAGUUUGAGGAUCCCGUCGCCGCAGCCCGGGCGGUUUAUCAAAGCCCCCUGAUUGUUUCUGCGCCUUCCACGAACAAUUUAUACAGUUCCGCAGUGUGCGGAACGGAAUCUAAAGUGCAAGACGGCCGAGUUAAUGGAGCUUCCCGUGAGGAGGCGGUUGGAAUUGCGUGGUGUACAGAUGAAUUGUUCUUACAGGAGCAGCUGAAGCAGGAACGGCUAAUUAAGUCUCUGGAAGGGAGGCGCGAGGGGAGCGAAAACAACUACUGCGGGGAAACGUUACUUGAGGAGGGAGGAGAAGGUGUCCUCAAUACGGUUGGAGCAACGCCGUGUGGUGCGGACAGGUUACAAAAGGCGUCUUUGACACCGUUUGUAGAAGAAGGACGCCCAGGGUUGAGAUCGGCUGCUUCUUCACGCGGACUGGGGAGUCUCAUUCGUGAGGCACUUUGCUCCCCAUGGAGUGCUCGGUGGACUGCCAGCCCCGCUCAUACUCAUGACAGGUCUGAUGCUGACACAAGCGGGUGCGGUAACACUAACACCAGGGGGUCCUCCUCUCCUUCUUCCACCACCUCAACUGCGAACACGCAAGUGUUUCAUGAAAAUGGUUCCGAUGGACUCGGCGGGACCGUCUGUAAGGGAGCAAGCAGUGAAAGCAACCGUAACGGAGGAGUAUCUCCCUUAACUGAGGCGACAAUUCCAUCGUGUCUUCUGGCGCGAGGGCGCCGCUAUCACCACGACGCGGAACAUCAGAUAAGAAAUGCUCAGCCGACACUGCCACUCCCCGGAAAUUACUCGGUUCUUUGUGCAUUUAAAGCAGACGUGACGGAACGCGGUCUGUUUAAACGUGUGAUCCGUGGGAUUCUUUACAUUCCCUGUCGAGUCAAACAACUGCUCGUAAAGGGCGAUGAGAGAACAAUAAAUAAUAAUGCUAACUUCACAGAGUCUGGUGAAGCACGUUUUUUGCUCGACGUUGUUUCCCAGGGUAGGAAGCGGCGUGCCAUGAUCCGAAACCGUCACUAUGGUGCCGCCAGCCGCCUCCACUCUGUCGACGAUCAUAGUUCCGGACAGGUUUCUACCCCGGUGCUUGCAGAGUGGGCACCGACUCGUUGGCACGAAAGCAGUUCUCUGUACUCUCUCUUCGUGAUAUUGUUGCUUAUUAUCAUCUCGCGCAAUGUUAAUUACGCUGACAUGCGGCACACAUUCACACGUGGAAGGGGUGAAGAUGUCCUCCAAUCCAGUAAAAAAAUUGUGGAUCGUCGGGAUAACCCUACCGGAAGUUCACAACAGCCGUUUAACGAAGUUGUACCGAACGUAUUGUUGAUCGACAGAGUUCAUGGAAGCGACAAAUACAGGGCAAAAACACUCUGA